AUGCAGUACAAUACCGGCGGUCAAGGGCGAAAGAAAGAAUGACACCCACAAAAGCCCACCCCACAUGAGGCCACUAUAACUCCGAGGGUGGGAGGGGGGAACCUAUUAAACAACCCGCGUGAGUAAAUCCGAAUCUUAAGAAUCUAUACCUUAACUCCCUUAACUCCCGGGAGUCGCUCCCACUACAGUGGUCUUCUCAGUCGCCGCGCUCAAGAUAUCUCUUUUUGUCCUGCAAUCGCUAGCGGCAAGCACAUCCGAGCAAACAGGCGAGAACCCCUUCACAUACCCGCUCAAAGACGACCUGAUCGAUGGCGGCCGGGCCGUAAACCUCACCUGGAAAGCGACGACAAAGUCCACCAUAACCAUAAACCUUCUCAAGGGCGAUCCGAAGAAUCUCGGCGACCUGGGCGCGAUCAUCGGGCUGUUGGAUAAUGAGGGGUGGUACGAGUGGAAGGUUAGCAAGUACCUUGAGGAUAGUAGGAGUAUGCCCGAGGGGCGUAUGUAUGGACUCAAGAUUAUCAAUGAUGAGGAUGAGAGGUUCGAGUAUAGUCCGCCAUUCGGGUUGGAAAUUCCUGAGAGCAUGUUCGGGAAGAAUCUUGUGGUGGAGGAGAAAGCGAAUUCUACUUGGCCGGUGCCUCCCAAGAGGGGGUCGAAUCCGACGAGGGGGGUGAUGUGGAGGAGUCAGGGUGAUGAUUGA